AUAUAAAUUACUUUGAGAACUAAAAAUUUGAGCCUGUUCUAAAAAACAAUAUAUUGGGCCUAAACUAUGGUUACUCUUCUUUCCACAAUUGGGCCAAAAAUUGGUUAUAUGGACAAAAGAGGAGGCCCAAAUAUAUGGGAUGAGCCGUGUUGAAUGAACUUUCACUCUGAAGCGGUGUGGGCAAGGAAUGGAAUAUUGGAAUUUGGAAUUCAAAGUCUUGGAUGAGAACGCUGUUCUUCAAUUUUGAUAUUCUUUUGAUGGUGAAAUUAUUGAGCACGCCCUCGCCUCUGCUUCGUUCAUCAAACCUGGCGCAGCAUCACUCAACACAGUCAGGUCAUGGAAGUUCCACUGCCACUGGAUAAAUUAGCUUUAGACGUGAUUCGUAAUGAAGCUUCCCAUGGAAACACAAACAAUAGCAAGAUAUAUGUAGUUCUAGUAGCAACUGGAAGCUUUAAUCCACCUACUUUCAUGCAUUUACGCAUGUUUGAGCUUGCAAGAGAUGCAUUGAAUUCAGAUGGCUACUGUGUUAUUGGAGGUUACAUGUCUCCUGUGAAUGAUGCAUACAAGAAAAAGAGCCUCAUAUCUGCUGAACAUCGAAUACGAUUGUGUCAUUUAGCCUGCAAAAGUUCAGAUUUUGUAAUGGUUGAUCCAUGGGAGGCAAGUCAGAGCACAUACCAACGGACCUUAACUGUUCUCUCCAGAGUCCACAAUUCCGUUUGUGAGACAGGGUUGGUAUCUAGAGAAUCUCUCAAGGUCAUGCUUCUCUGUGGUUCUGAUCUUCUUCAUUCUUUUGGCAUUCCUGGAUUCUGGAUUCCUGACCAGGUUAAUAGUAUAUGCAGAGAUUAUGGAGUAGUCUGCAUUCGCAGAGAAGGACAAGAUGUUGAGAAGACUAUAUCUAAAGAUGAAAUUCUGAAGCAGAAUCAGGAUAAUAUCAAAGUUGUGGAUGAAGUUGUACCAAAUCAAAUCAGCUCAACCAGAGUAAGGGGUUGCAUUGCAAGAGGAUUAUCAAUAAAAUACCUUACAGCGGACGAAGUGAUUCAUUAUAUCAGAGAGCAACAGUUAUACUUGAACUUCGAGGAUAAAUAAUUACUAUUGUUUUUCAUUACAUUCUUUGUGACGUAGUUUUUGGGUCGAUGUAAGGGCCAUUGCUCUAUCUGAGCCAAUUUUCAAUAAACAGUUGGUUUUUGUGUUGUUAAUUUGCAGAUAAAUAAACAUAACAUAUAUAAUUUAUAUACAAUUGCAAAUA